ACCAGGCCUUACAAUAAUAUUGAUUGAUUGAUUGCCUUCUAUCUACACCCCCAUGUCUUCUUCUUCUUCCUCUUCCUCUUCUUCUUCCGCCGCCGCGGAUAUCCCGCCCGCCCGCAUCAGGGAAUACAGCGGGGACCAGACUCGAGAUGUCGCGAUUGCGUUCAUCGUCAUCGAAAUCGUUGCAGUGGGGCUCCGGUACCUGGCCUUCAUGUUGAGCGAGAAACGCUUCGGCAUCGAUGAUAUUCUGAUGAUCCCCGGAUUGAUCCUUUGUUUGGCGCUGAAUACUUCGGCGUUGAUUGGCAUCCGUCUCGGCCGCGUCGGCUAUCACCUCGACGUCGUGAAAGCCCUCUACCCCGAGGCGAUGGUCCCAUGGGCCAAGGUCCUGGUCGUGACGCCCAUCGUGUACUCGGCCGCCUGCAUGGUCCCCCGGGUGGUGAUCCUAGCCCUGUAUCUGCGCAUCUUCCACGAGAGAAAAUACCGCAUCGCCUGCUACGUCUUGAUCGCGGUGGUGGUCGCUCUGGGCGUCGCCGACAUCCUCACGGGUGCGUUCGAGUGCAUCCCGCUCGCGUAUCUUUGGGAUAAGACCAUCCCGGGGGGCCGGUGCAUCGACCUCACGCAGUUCUUUCGCUACGGCACCCUGCCCAAUGUGUUUGUUGACUUGCUGAUGCUCAUCCUGCCGCAGCCGGUGAUUUGGAAGUUGCAGACGAGCAGGCAGGUGAAGAUUGGGCUGGCGGCUACGAUAUUGACGGGGAGUGUAGGAAUGAUCACGUCCAUCAUGCGCUGCGUUGCAUUCUUCCAAAGCAACCCCCUCGAAGACGGGACCUGGACCUCCGUGACAUUCCUCAGCUGGAGCAUCAUCGAGCCAGGCGUCUAUCUCCUCGCCGCGUGCCUCCCCUGCUACAGGCCCCUGAUCCUCGCCGCGGUUCGGCUGACUGCGCACCACACCGCGAAGCGAUCCGGGACCUCAUACCUGAAUCUAUCGGACAGCAAGUCGGCAGAUGCGAGAUGGAAGAAUAAUGAACCGGAAGCUGUCGAAUUGUAUCCGUAUCAGGUGAAGACAGGUAGGUCUACUGAGCAGGGUCUGCCGGAAGAAGACAAGAAGAAGAGGAUUGGAUAUGCUCGAGAUUGAUCGUCUUCCUGGGGAUGGGGAAGUAAGCAACGUUCGUGGGGUCGGCGAAUGUCAUGGAUAACCUGUCCCUGUCCCUGUCCCUGUCCCUGUACCUUAAUGUCACUCUUUUUGGUCCCACUUCC